AAAUACAAAAAUAUAAAUAUUUAAAGUAAUAUUGUUAAAUAUAUAAUGAUGUUAUCUUUACAAUGAAUGUAUAAAAUACAAAAAUGAUAAUUUCAAGAAUUUAAUUUCUUCUUUAAUUAUAGCAAGGAUUUCUCAAGGAUAAUUUAUUGUGAAAAAAAAAAGAAAACUAAAAUAAUCUAUUAUAGAAACACAAAUCGAUCAAUAAAUCAUUUAUAUAAAGUAAAUUAUUUUUCUAUUUUACAGAUUAUUCCUUAAUUUUCGGCCAAUCUAGUAACGAUUCUUGUUGUAAAAAAGCCAAAAAACUUUUUCCAUAUUAUCAAGAAUUUGAAUUGAAACAGAAUUCAUUUACUUUGUUUAUCCAGAUUCAUAUAUAUUUUAUUAAAAACAAUAAAUUCUCAAGAAAUAAAAUGUUAUUUUUUAUAACUUUAUACAACUUGAUACAUAAUAUUAUUAUACAAUUUUUCCUCAUAUAUUUUCUUUGAGUUAAGUCUUAAAUUAAAUUUCUAUUAAAAUAAGAUUUACUUGUAAUUGGAUAAAGAAUAAUAUUUUGCCGUCUGUUUAUACUCUCUUCGAUAUUUUUGUUAAAGGAAAAUAGAUACCAAAUUUCUAAAACCUGAGAGUGUUUUUAACAUUAAAAUGUUAUUAAUAUCAAAUCCAGUAAAUUAUGACAAUUUCUGACCAUUAUAAUGAUAUUCAUUAGUAAGAUUUGUAGAAUAAUAUUAUCACUGCAGUUAUUAUCGCAACUUAUCGUGUCUUUGUUAGUAGUUCUCAGAUAUUCUCUGUCGGACUGACCGCGUUUUUCCGGUGCGUUUCUCAUCGUGCUGGCAUUGUGUCAGGCCGCCGACUGUAAUAUUAGUGAGCACGCCAAGCCCUGGACUUCGCGGUUGCCCGAAUAUAUUUACUAAACAGCACGUUAUACGUUACACGUCAAUCACCAUAAAAAAGCGGCGCGGAAGAACUGUCUAUCUUAAUUGCGCACUCGACCGUGGAUUCAAUCGUCGGCCGAAUACGACACUCGAAAUAGUCAUUGCUAUCGUUGCGAUACGUUCAACAUCGAGGAAGUGGUGCUCCCUGUUCCAGCGAGUUCUUUUUAAAACGAUAAAGGAUCCACCGACAGGAAGUGUCGCUGAAACAACAUUGGAAAUUUGAAAUCUGACUAAUACUAAGUGCCUCGAGGAAAGAAGUUGCAAAAUUGAGAGAGCUUUUUAAAGGACGAAACACAUACACAAAAAAGAAAAUUUAGGAGAUCUAAUUUUGCUGUGCGGAAAACUAUUACAUUCAAAAUAUGCGUGAACACAAUCGAUGGUGAGAUUUUAUGCGCAGAUAUAGCGUGUAUAGUGAAUAUGGGAGAGACCCUGCUUGUUGUAAUACUCACUGUGGCAUUGUCCGCGGCGACAAAUAAUAUCAGCGAACAAUGCCAAGUUCACAAUGAAAGGAGGAUUACGUGUAGUUGCAUCGGAAAUGAGGAAUUUUUCCUACCUGAAGACUACAAUUACACGAACAUUACCAGCGUGUCUGUCACGGGCUGCGUGACAGCAAACCUCCAUUACUCCAGUUUUCCGGAGGCAAACGGCCUCGAGGAGAUGAUAGUUCAGAAUAUCAGCGAUGAGCUGAUCUUUGAUGUCUUCUUUACAUCAAGCCACAUGAAACUGCUGAAACUCUCGAACAUCGGUCGGAUACCGACGAUCGCGAGCUACACGUUCACGAAUACAAUGGCUAUCGACGUGCUCGCGAUCGAGAACGCGCUCAUCGAGAACUUUGACGAAGAGUUCACCUCUAUCAAUGUGACAGACUUCAUCAUGACAAAUGUAACUAUCGAACGGAUGGACUGGCUAAACUUCUCCGAGAGGGGUACGAGAAUGUUGCGCAUAGAGAACAGCGAGCUACGUAAUAUCAAGGAAAGGUUGAACUUUGCCAAUUUUUUAAACAUCGAGAUUAUCGGCUCCAAGUUUGAGAUGCAGAAACCGGGGAUAAUGUCCAUCCAAGGUGACGUCGCCAUCGUGAAGAGCAGCAUCUUCUCGAACGUGAGCAUGAACCUAGUCACUACGACCGCCAUUAUAAUAAAAGGUAUUUGCGCGGACGGCAAGAGCACCCUGAGACUUAGUUCGAAACGCAUCGAUAGCACUAACAACAGACUACCGAACGAGAUAGCCUAUCCGGGAGGCGAUCAUCGAGAAACGGAAUUUCUCACAAUUCGAAAUAACACGGUCUGCAAGGCGGGCAACUGCAAAUGUUCAAAGAGCAACGGACAGACUCAGUGUCGAGCAAUCAUCCCCGUAUACAUCUUGUUAACAGGAUCCUUAAUUAUGCGCUAUAUUUGGUACCUUUAUGAUGCAACAUUGAUGAAAACGGUUUUAUAAUUUAAGUCUAGUUAGAUAAAAUCAGCUUGUGGAAAAUUAAUUUUGUUUGCUUUGACUCAAUACACUGAUAAAAAAAGUUAUAGCUUUGACUAAAUUUUUCAACUCGAGUAUUAAAUUUCUUUAGUUCAUGAAUUUAUGUACUUAAAUUCAAUAUAAAUACUUGAACUAAAGUUGUAUUUAAAUUUUUGUAUACAAUCAAAUUAUAAAAUCAAUUGCCAAUACGAGCUUUCAUGACUGUUGAGGCGUAAGAUAGUAAGAAUAAUAAGAAAGAUCUUUCGAAUUAUUUUAUAAAUUUAAUUAACUUAAUUAAGACAUUUACAAACAGUUUUUACACUACAAACAUUUCCAGGAUGUGGAUUCUCUUCGAAAGAAUUCAUAUUAUUAUUUCACGCUUUACAAUUGACAAUUAACUUUAUAAUUUGGGUUUUAUUGAAUAAAUAUGAAUUGAUCAUAUUUA